CGCAGUGUGGAAAAUUCUGAGGCAGAGGAACUCUUAAAGUCAAACAGAUUAAAAGUGAUAGUAAUCAUUCUAGUGUCAAUCGUUGAUUGACAAAACGUAAUUACAAACUGUAUAACAAUAAAUACAUUCUAUAUUGAAUAAUUUUUUACAUUUUCAAAUCAACCACGUGAUUAAGACAACGUACGAGGUUUGUGGCCCGAUGACCUAUCGUUGCUUUGUUAAUGCUUAUCCACUGACGUCAUAAGAUGUUACAACAAGAGAGCGACGCAGUCGAGCAGCCAGAUGAAGAUCGUAAUAAAGAAGUGGCUGCCGUUGAGAAGCCGUCGAAAAAGGACAAAGAGAAGGUUGACAGUUUCAUAAACAAAUCGUCAGAGCUUCGCAUUGCAGUUCAUGGCAUGUCCUCGCUAAUUAAUACGCGUCUGUCCAGCGAGGCACUGCAAACAUGUCUCGCACUCAUCGAGGCCGGAGUGCAUUCAAAGGCUCUGGCUGACAUCGUCAUGCACAUCCUGGACGACAAUGCCAAAAGACAGGAAGCGGAGCAUGGCAAUACACAGCCAUAAACUAAUUGCGUUUCUCAUUUCAAUGCCAGACAAUUUUUGGACGUAGGUUCAGCUGCUUAUCAGCAGCUGCAAAACCUGCAGACUUUGACGCAUAAACAUUGCUCCAUUGAUUGCGAUAUCAUUGUUAUCAUCUUGCUUAUACACACAAAUAUAUAUAUAUAUGUUUAUUUAUAA